AUGUUCCGCAAGAAGAAGAAGAAACGCCCUGAGAUCUCAGCUCCGCAGAACUUUGAGCAUCGUGUCCACACUUCGUUUGACCCCAAAGAGGGCAAAUUUGUGGGCCUGCCACCUCAAUGGCAGAAUAUUCUAGACACGCUGAGGCGCCCCAAGCCAGUUGUGGACCCUUCAAGGAUCACCCGGAUGCAGCUCCAGCCUAUGAAGACAGUCGUGAGGGGCAGCACCGUGGAAGUGGAAGGCUACAUCUCUGAGAUACUCAAUGAUAUCCAGAAGCUUUCUGCCAUCAGUUCCAACACUCUGAGGGGAAGGAGCCCCACCAGCAGGAGGAGAGCUCAGUCCCUUGGGCUCCUGGGGGAAGACAGACCCCCAGAUAUGUAUCUUCAGAGCCCCGAGGGAGAGUGGGCAGACAGAUACGGAAACUACCUCAAUUGCAAUGGUGGGACCAAGGUGACACGAAGGCAGACUAUGUGGCCAGAUUACAAACCCAGGAUGGAUGGACAGUCUCACCCUAAUGGUAUGGUCAUGAAAGCACAGUCCCUCGGGCCUUCGGAGUUCCAGGACGCUGACAGCAGCUGUCUGCAGCGUGCUUCUUGUCUGCAGCACAUGCCAGCUCUGCCAGGGGACGGUGACAAGGUGGGCAAAAGGAGCUCGGAAGAGUGCUGGCCUCAACCUUGUCUGAUACGCCAGGCAAACAAUAGGCCCUCAGGAGAAGGCAGCCCCAGCUCCAAAUCGAGGGAGAAUAGCUUGAAGAGGAGGCUGUUACGCAGCGUGUUCCCCUCCUCCAGCAGCUCAAACAAGUCAGGCCCUUCCCUGCAUAUAAAGCCUACUGCUUUCUUCAGGCCCCAGCAGUGGGGCUCACCGCGCAGCCCCGCGGCCAAAGCCCAGUCCCUCCCACCGGAUCAGCCCACAUCCGAUUUCCCCAGGCUCAUUUCGGAAGCCGGUACCCCCCACAAGUCACCGACAGCGGAGAAGGCGAUAGCAGUGCCCCAAGGCAGGCCGUCACCAGCUGGAUCUCCCCGAAACCGGCAGACUCAGACGAGUUCCAGCAACCUGCACCUUCCCCAGGACUCCUCUGGGAAAGGGCAGCCGGUGAGCGAGGACCCCGUGGUUGUGACUCACGAGCAGUUCAAAGCUGCCCUUAGGAUGGUGGUGGACCAAGGGGAUCCGCGGACGUUGCUGGAGAAUUACAUAAAGAUCGGUGAGGGGUCCACGGGUAUCGUCUGCAUUGCUCGAGAGAAGCACUCGGGGCGGCAGGUGGCGGUGAAAAUGAUGGAUCUGAGGAAGCAGCAGCGCCGGGAGCUCCUUUUCAACGAGGUGGUGAUAAUGAGGGACUACCAGCAUGUCAACGUAGUGGAGAUGUACAAGAGCUACCUGGUGGGAGAGGAGCUCUGGGUACUGAUGGAGUUCCUGCAGGGGGGGGCCCUCACUGACAUUGUGUCUCAGAUCAGGCUAAACGAAGAGCAAAUUGCAACAGUGUGUGAAUCAGUGCUGCAGGCUCUUUCCUACCUUCACUCUCAGGGGGUCAUUCACCGAGACAUUAAGAGUGACUCUAUUCUUCUGACACUGGAUGGAAGGGUCAAGCUCUCAGAUUUUGGUUUCUGUGCUCAGAUCAGUAAAGAUGUACCUAAAAGAAAGUCCCUGGUAGGUACUCCCUACUGGAUGGCUCCAGAAGUUAUUGCAAGGGUACCAUACACUACUGAGGUGGACAUCUGGUCUCUGGGGAUCAUGGUGAUAGAGAUGGUGGAUGGAGAACCCCCCUAUUUCAGUGAUUCUCCAGUCCAGGCCAUGAAGAGACUCCGUGACAGUCCUCCUCCCAAACUGAAAAACUUCCACAGGACUUCUCCAGUUCUGAGAGACUUCUUGGAAAGGAUGUUGACACGGGAGCCGCUAGAAAGAGCAACGGCACAGGAACUUCUGGAUCAUCCCUUUCUGCUGCAGACAGGGCUCCCAGAGUGCCUGGUCCCCCUUAUCCAGCAAUACAGAAAGCGUACCUCUACCUGCUGACUUCACGGAAGGGAAGAUGCUGGGAGAAGGUAACACGUAACAGACAAUCAGGAGACCAGGCAGUCUUGUCCUGUGAAUGGUGCUCGGAACUCGUCAGUGGUCUUCUCGUAGGAUGGGUCCUUGUGUUCUCUGCCUUUGUGACUUCUUUUUGCUAAAGACAAUCAAUGCAUACUCGAUAAGACCGUGUUUUUCUCGAAAGCAAAGCAGGUGCUGGAUGACUUCUGGAUCACUUCUUCCAAAGAAUGGCGUUUGUAUGUGGAUCUGAGGUUGUGUAUCUGAAUGCUUGCAAGUUCCUGCAAACCAUGGCUGCUGACUACUGAACUGAAACAAAAUUUCCCAACUAGAAAUGUGACCUUCCCUUUGUCAGACAUACUGGAGUACUGAGCUCACCUAACUGUACAUUGUGGGGCACAGAUGCCUUUCAAGUCUCCAACAAUGCACAAUGACUUCACAAUUUUUUUUUCUCCACAGACAAUUUUAAUCUUCAGUUAAAUGUGGAUGUAGAAUGCUGUACAUAUUUUCCCAGGGAGCAGAUGUGAUACGUACAUAUUUGUUUUCCAAUGGCUCUCUUGCAUCAACAUGCUUCUCUUUUGCUGAGAAAUAUGUAUGGUUUAGUGGUCAGUCCUGAAUCCAUUUCAUUACCUUAAACUUUUGGAGGGGAGACCGUUGGAGGGGUAACGCCUUGGGAAUGCUCUGGAAAACAGAAUGAAGAAGUUUCAGCUGUCCUGCCAAUAUCCCAGGAGAGAUCUUUAUGUGCACAGCAAGGCUAUUUGUUCAGCCUACCUCUCCCUUGCUUGCUACUGCAGAACAUGGGGAGAAGGGCAACUUUCGAUGUAUGUUUUGUAAUUGGUAUGUCCUUCCCCUUUCACCCCCUUGGUGAUAUGUUCAGAAGGGUUCUGGUUGUCUAAGCAGCUCUCACAGUUAUUUUUAAAUAGAUUUAGGUAUUUUGUAUGAUGCAGUUUCUGAUCAGUGAGAUAGUCGAGGUAAUUGGACUCUAGGUCAGGAUGUCACGUUGUACAGUGGUGGUGCAUAUUGUUGUGAGGUCUCAAGAAUGUGUCCUAUGUAUGAAAGUGGGAUCCCGUUUUCAAACUCAGAUACAAAUUUAUUGAAAAUUAAGUUAUUCUUGGGACAGUCGUGCUGUCUCAGAUACUCUCCAUUGCAUUUUCUUCAGAAGAUGUUGAUAAACUCUAUCCUCUGGUGUUUACUCCAAUGAUAGAUCCUGCUUCAGAAUUGAAGCCACAGUUGAUUACUUGAAGUAAUUUGGGAUGGAAUUCAUCUGCACUGUUGUCAGUCACCUAAAUGGUGGGCGCCCAGACUGCGAAGCACAUCAGUUGCCUCUGUAGACCGUGGUGAGAGGAGCACCUCCAGAGGGUGAUUCAGCUCCAGUACUUAGAUGCCUGCUGAGGGAUGAGGAUGCUGCCUCUCGAUACCACUCUACCUGUUGCCAGUAGAGUGAUCGUAGUGGUCUGCACCGACUGGAUGUCUGAUUUUGGGGUUCAUAAAGCUAAUUGAAAUGAAUUUGCUUAGCUCUUCCUGAGCUGCACUGGAAAGUUUUUGAUGU